AUGUCAUGCGUGCCUCGCAUCCCGAACGGCGGCUGCCCUUUCGCCUUGCAACACGUGGCCCUCGGCGACUCGGCCACGGAGGACCAGCUGAAGGCCGAGCUCGCACUGUGCUUUGAGAAAGCAACGAUUGCGACAAGCGUCCGGAACACAACCAACGGCACAGAUGGGCUCGAUGUGAAUGUUAACACGGCGUCUCAGGUGGAAUGCACGGCGUCUCCGCUUUGCCGGCGUCGCGGGGAGAAGCGAUGCGACGCCUCCAAGCCGUACCGCGAGGCCGACGGCAGGUGCAACAACCUCGAGCACCCCGAGUGGGGCAUGGCGGGAGCCUGCAUGGGGCGGCUGCUUGCACCGGCCUACGCGGACGGUGUGAGCUCACCGAGGGUCUCAGUGAAGAGCGGGCGCGCGCUGCCCAGCGCUCGCCUGCUGUCCUACACCGCACACCCCGAGAGAACAGCCUACGACAGGCGGUGGUCCGAGAUGAUCGUGCACUUCGCGCAGUUCGUCGCGCACGACAUCAGCGCAGCCCUGGUGAUCGACGCGGAAGGUCCGGAGUUCUUCCGGAAUCUGGGACGCGACACGUACAACUGCUGCGACGCGAAGUCUCGUUUGGACCCCGAGUGCUUUCCGAUAGACGUCCCCGCCGAGGAUCCUUUCUACGGUCGCUACAAUGUGCGCUGCAUGAACUUCAGGCGCUCGGCUCCGUGCCUCAGAUGCAGACUGGGACACCGGGAUCAGGUCAAUUAUGUGACUUCGUACAUUGACGGAUCGCCAGUUUACGCAGUUAGCGAAAGUCAGACACGAGAUCUGCGUCUUCUAAAGAGCGGGCUUCUUAAGGAACAACUCAUCAACGGUUCAAAACUGCUGCCCGCAAGUUCACGUCCGCACACUGACCGGUGUAGUAAACAAAAAGAAAAUCGUCUCUGCUUCAAAGCCGGAGACCGUAGGGUCAACCAGAACUCCGGGCUUCUGCUCAUGCACACGAUAUGGUUUAGGGAACACAACCGCGUGGCCAGAAAAAUGGCACGAGUCAAUCCUCAGUGGGAUGACGAGCGACUCUUUCAAGUCACGAGGCGAAUUGUGGAAGCACGUCUACAGCACAUCGUUUAUAAUGAGCUUCUCAAGGAAGUCUUGGGCCCCGAAGGUGUGAAACGGAACCAACUGAGUCCCUUACGUGAGGUUUACACCACCUACGACGCCAGGGUAGACGCGACUGUUUCCAACGAGUUCACCACGGCGGCGUUCCGACUGGGCCACUCACUCGUCGACGCUGACAACGGGACAAUAUCUUUGUCCGGAAAGCGGAAGUUACGCUUACCGUUACGCCACAACUGGUUUAACCCAUUUGCUUUCUACGAGAGUGACGUCAUCGACGCCGUCACCACUGACAGGUUGCGCAAGCCGGCACAGAAGAUUGACAGAUACGGCACCCACGACGUCACCAGGCACGCGUUCCGGCUGCCCAACGGCACCAGGCCGUUCGGCGUCGACCUGUUCGCCUUCGACAUACAUCGGGGUCGCGACCACGGACUGCGAGCCUACGCCGACUACGUCCAGCACUGCGCACCGGGCGUCCGACUGGAGGCGUUCGAACACCUCGAGAAGUUCAUGCCCAGGGACGCGGUGGAGCUUUUCGCCAGCCUCUACGAUGACGUCAUGGAUGUUGACCUGUUCUCGGCUGGCCUGGCGGAACACACGCUGCCUUUGUCCAUGGUCGGACCCACGUUCGCCUGCCUAAUCGGCCCCAUGUUCAGGCGGCUCAAGUUCGGCGACAGGUUCUACUACGAACACGGUGGACAAGCCGGUAGCUUCACCCCAGGUCAACUUAGGACAUUACGGGAAACGACGUUAGCCCAAGUAAUAUGCGCAAACAGCGACACCAUUCACGAAAUUCAACCCAGCGCACUCGUACAUCAGGGACCUGGAAAUGAACUGACAGCCUGCUCGAAGCUCACCGAUAUCGACUUGCAGCAGUGGAAGGAAAUAAAAUGAGCUGCACGGACAUUGUUUACAGAGCACUGAUGACGCAAAGUCGGUGGUUUUCUUGGCCACGGAGACGUCUUUUUCUUUUUCGUUUUGCUUUCUGUUGCGUGCCUCAAGAAGAUGUUCAUAACGCGAAAUGUUUGAUCUGUACGGUACGCGAACGCCGCAUGGUUUCGAACUCGUAUGCGCGUACGUAUCAGCUGCCGUUAAAUCUGGCUUCUCCACGUCAAAUAUCUUUAUGCGGAGGAGUCCACUUCGGCAUUUACCGGGAGAAGAUCAGAUUAGGAGAGCACCUCUGUGCGCAGAGAUUCUUUCUUUUGUUUAAUUUGCCGACGCAAGUGACAGUUCUUAUUUUCUUUAGAGAAUCUCCUAUAAUAAAAACAAAUUACGGAUGAAACCUCGACUCCUCUAUAAGCAAGAACACUACCACGUAAUUUGGAGAAGAACCCACAAGUACUCCAAGAGAACUCACUGGAAAAAUGGUCGGAAGCUGUUAGACAACGCUAAGGGGCAAAGCAGACCAAUGCUGUAAUAAACGUACUUCAGCGACUCGCUGGCACAACGUGGGGGGAUCAGUCUCUCCACUCUUACAAGUUCAUAACGCACUCAUAAAACAAUAAAUUGCUUAUUCGGCACCUAUUCUCCAUAGUUUAUCGCAAACUUCUGAGCAACGUCUUCA